AAUUCUUCAUCGCUGGGCACAAUAAUUGUUUCCAAUGUAGGCAGGGCCUUAGAAAACAACCUGCCAGCUUGACAUUUCUGAAUCUCCGGAGCCAACUUAAGUAAAUGCUCAUAAUAGUUGUCAUCUUUGAACUUAUGAGCACAAACCAACGCUUUGACUCCAACCGAAUUAAUACAAGCUUGCAAUUCCAUUGGUUGAUAAGCUGGAUUGAUGUUCACCUAAAAACACAAUUCAGUUUCAACUCAGAAAUAGUAGUUUCCUUACAAGCACAAAUCCUCCUCGUGCACAAGCCAUAUGAGUCAAGUACCACUCGGCAAUAUUUGGAGCCCAAAUCCCAAUUCGAUCUCCCAUGUUUAAUCCCAGGGUUCUGAAGCCUGCGGCCAGUCUGUCAGCCUGAUCUAAUGCCUCUUGGUAGGUGAACCGUUUGUUUUGGGAUCGGGACACCAGAGCGGUGCGCUCGCCAUAUUUCUGAGCGGAUUCUUCGAGGAGUUUUCCGAUUGUUAACGAUCUGAGCGGUUCUGAGCCGGGAUUGUGCAGAUAGGAAUAGUUACGGAAUCUGUCAAUAUUUAGUUUUAUUUACUAGAAAUAACUAUGAAGUUUGCUUACUUGGGUUUUUGGUCGUCAUUCAACAUUUUUUAAGGGAACUGGUCUUGCAAUGGUGUAACAAAACAUUAAUACAAAAAAAUAAACGUGUGUAAUUUUAAUGUUUUAUUAAUCCAAAUGGAAUUUAGCCUGUAAGGUUAAUAUCAAGGCAAUGAACAAUGAAUUGUAAAUUUUAUUCUAAUUAACGCAAAAAAAAAAGCAUAUUUUCCAAAUGUUUUGUUAUUUCUGUGAGGAGAUUUUUUUAACAUUAUGACGUCACAACAUUUUGUAUACUAUAAUCAAUUGAUUAAAUCAAUCGUUUUCUAAGUCCUUGUUAGUUAACAAAAACCUUAGUCGAUAUGAUAUGGUUUAUGUGAGGCAGAAUCUAAUAAGGUUUCCACACUAAAGCCCGUAUUUAUUCAUCUUUAGAUAACUAUCUGCAAGAUAAAUUUACCUUUGGUAGGUAUUACAUAUUUCGUCAGAUUGCAUAUACCUAACUAGAAAAUUAAUAAACCGGCCCUAAGCAAGUUAUGACUUACUUACUUGACAAGACAUUUAAAUAUUUCUAGGUUUCUACGCCACAUCAUUUCUAACAAUGGACUGAGUCGGCAUUCAAUUGCGCUAUUCAAAUAUACGAUAAAAGGAAUUAAAAGAUUAUCGCUCAUAAAUAAAGCGAACAUUGUUGAUAACAAUUUAUAAUUAUUAUUAAUGUUUUUCUAAUUUAUUUCCGUCAAAUUAAAUAAUUAUGAAUUCCUUAUCGAAAAUUAAUAAGAAUGUUAUUAAUGGUGUAAACGUGCUCGUUUGUGUGAUGUAGAUACAAGUGGCGCCACCUAGAUUAGACUAAACUAACCUUAAAAUCAAUACCUUAUGAAAUGAAUAGGUUUACACCAGAAAUACUAAAAUUGAAACUGAAUUUGUCGUUUCAAAAUUCAAUGUUUGGAUAUUUCCGGUUCUUGAUUGGUUUUAAAAUUCAAUUUUUUAAAUUUUCCCGGCUUUCGAUUGGCUUUAAAAUUCAAUAUUUAAAUAUUCCCGGCUCUUGAUUGGCCAAAUUUGACGUUAUAACAUUCAAUGUUUGAAUAUUUCCAGUUCUUGAUUGGUUUCGAUAUUCAAAAAUUCACAGGACACUUUAGAAAAUGCACAACUCGCUUUGAAGGUUUACCUUCAUCUUCAGUAGAAGGAUUUAUUGAUAGUUGGUAGGUAAAUUGGUUAAUCGCAAAGUACUAACAGUGACGUUGCAUACCAUUUUUAGGUACUGUCAAACGUAAAUUAUAAUGUCCGCCAAGAGGCACACUUGUCAAAAGUCACGUGUUCUGAAUAGGAAUAUAGACUAUCCAAGAUGCUGUCAAACUUAAAUUGAAAUGUCUGCCAAGAGACACACAAACCCUUUGUUUGCUUGUCAAAGUCACAUAUUUUGGAUAGGCUGACUAUUCAAGGUGCUGUCAAACUUAAAUAAAAAUGUCCGCCAAGAGGCACACAAACCUUUUGUUUACGUGUUAAAGUCACAUGUUUGGAUAAAGCCUAUAAACCGGUUUGUUGGCUUUGCGCAGGUGAACGCAACGUACAACGUCAGCAGUGAGUCAACAUCUUGCUGAAUAGGUUUUGUUAACGUUUACGUUGUAAGUUGUCCAUUGCGCACUGUCCUAACAACCCGUACUUUCAGGUUUCAUACAAUUUGCACCAACUUCCAGAUUAAGAUUACUCAGCUGCUAUCUGCACAAUCCGUCCCCGGACAAAUUUCUGCCACUCACAUUCGGCAAACUGCUCGAGAAAGUGGCAAACAAAUAUGGCGACCGUUCAGCUGUCAUUUCUAAACAUUAAGCUGUCAUUUCGAGAAGUCUGACAAACUUGCAGCCGGUAUGGAAAUUAUUGGAUUGCGCAUGGGCGAUAGGGUUGGCAUUUGGGCGCCCAACAUGACCGAAUGGUACGUUACGCAUAUGAUUGAGAGUUUGAUUCGUUUUGGUAAAAAGCUGUCAGCUGUCAAAAUACAUCUAGUGACAUGUCAACAUGAAUUCGGCCUUAAGCCUGUGUAUCAUUCUUGGGAAAUAUCUAUGUAUUACCAUGUCGGUAUUACAGGUGUCUAGUUUGGGCGCCAAAUUCAAACUUUCCAAAGCCUACUUUGUCGCUUUUCAAACUGUCGUGUUGUUACAUCGACAUCGAUUAACAGCGUUGCCAAGUUUAAAAGACAUGUUGUUUCUAUUACAGGCUCUAGGACUAGUACCUCUAACGCCCAGUUUCACAAAUUGUAGUAAACUAGGUACUAGUUAUGAGACAACUACUAGUUAUAGUAAAAACAGCGUUUCACGAUUAACGGUUCAACAUGACACCUUUAGUUAACCAGAACCAAAUUUUAGCGAUGAAUGUACUUCAUCCAAGAAUGUUCGUCUGUGACGUCAUGAGUUUAAACGCUAGCUAGAAGCUGCGUCCAUGCUUCCGUCGAAUUACGUUCAAUAUGACGUCACGAGUUUCUCGCGAAAGCGUUUGUGUUCGGUUCAGUAGUUGAAAUAACCCAAGGAUCCGAAUGAGUUAACUAUGAGUUAGCUGAAAUGGUUCGUUUUUAUGAUGAAUCCUCCUCUUAGAUGGCUCCACGAUCAAAAUUCGCUCUUUGUAUUGAAUCCGUGAAAUUUUACUGCCUCAGGGGCCUUUUUUUUUUAAAUUUUUCAAGGUGAUUUUUGAUAUUUAGUCGAAAAAUCAAGUACCACCUUUGAGAAAUAAAAUUCAACCACUAGUCAUUUAACCAAGGAUUGUUUGUUUAGGGCCGGUUUCUUAAUAGCAAAUCAACCCCGGGUUAAACAUAACUGCAAGGUAAAUAUAGCAAUUGGAUACGUUUCGUCUACUGUGGAGUUAAAACCAAUUCGGAAGUGACUCGCUAUUGAGAAACCGGCCAUUAGUGUGAAACAGGUUAAUGAGCGAAGUCCCAGUUAACCCCUGACCCAUAUUAGUGCAGAGUCUCAUGCAUCCAUUUUCCAACGUCCGAUGUCCAAAAAACCUUCUAUUCUGACAUAUUGGAAAACAGAUGCAUGGGAUUCUGGCCUUAGCCUAUUCAAAACGCUACUACCUCAAUGGCUAAUACAGACCAAGAAUCGUAAACUCUACAGGAUUGCUCAAUCAGCUAAAUUUGUUCACAAGUGCUGUGACGUCACCUGCAUUCCUGACUUUCAAGAUGGCCGCCGAUACAGAUGAUAGGGUAUUUUGAAAUUAUCUUGCUGAACAAACAAACUCGUCUUCGUAAUUAGCUAACGACUCAAGCACACAAACUUUUGAAGUCUGCUAAAUUAAAAAACACAGUUUUCAAAGGAAAUCAAAAUAGUCAUUCACGUUAUGUGUGUGACGUCAGCAAAUACCUAAUUGUGUGUACCAAUAUGACUUAAAAAACAUCAAAAUAAAACAAAAUCCCCAUAUUAUUACAAACAUUCCUUUUUGUUUCAUUCUCUUUGCACAUAAUAAUAUCCUCUAAAUAUAAAAAUUUUGUAUGUCAAAAAUAAUUUGGGGAAGACUUUCAUUUCAAGUUGGCACACCUGCGUAUACGUCACUUGUCAACAAAAUUCUUAAUCGACUCUUCAAACAACGUGCCGCUGAGUUCUUUGCCUCUGAGCACUUGACUCAAGUACCGCAAGGUGGCGCGCGCCAAAUCUUUGACAGUCCACUUCCGGUCGAUCAGUAUCCGGCACACGGUGUCCAAUUUGGCCAACUGCUGAUGUUUGUGCGUGUAGUAGACGAGACUGGGCGCGCCGGCGACGCUCGCCGCCAUCCACUGCACGACGACUUUCAAUUGGACGUCGCCUUUGCGUGAUGCGCCGCAGCCCCAAUUACCUGUCGUGAUUAGGUCGAACGCCGUUGGAAGUGUUUGGUAAAAUUGCUGAUACCUGGAAAUUGAGAGAGAAUGUUUGAGACAUUUGGCAACGUUGUAAUAAUUAUUGAAGUUGGCAGCAGUGGAUUUUAGAGCCAGUUUAUCAAUCAAGGGAUAACACUCUGGGCUAAGUUCCUAAUUAAGUCGAAAAGUGUUUAUCCAAGGUUUUUUAACCAAGAGUUAGGGUUAUUCGAAGGUUGGCAUUACUUAUGCAACGUUGCCAGCUCACUUUUGUGCGAUGACACUUUGUCAGUUCAACAAAUAAUAAAAGUGUUGUUUAUUUCUGGCUCCUGGAGUUAACUGUCAAUAGUCACUUCUGUCAAAUUGUACAACGAAGUAUAUGUUAAAAAAUUGUGCAUAUGGCAAUCCAUGGCCAACUUGAUGGCACAUUUUUCUAGAAAGUCUCUUGUCACUCUCAUUGAUUAAAAAAGGAUAACCAAUGACGAACUUUCAGUUUAACAAAUAAUAAAUAUUUGUCUUUAAUCAAGUACAAAGUUCCUAAAUGUUUGUAUUAUAGGUUGUCUGAUAACUAUUAUGACGUCAUCUGUAUGCCUAAAAAUAAUGCAUAUAUCCAUGUAAACCACCUGUUGACGUCAUCUGUUUGCCAUUAUCAGACUACCUAUAUAAGCUUUAGAAAUCUUGAAUUAAGUGUUGUCUAUUCCCGGCUCUUGAUGUUAACUAUGUCAAUGGUCAAUUCUGUCAAAUUAUACCACGAAGUAUAUUUUGUCGGAUAAACACUUGUCACAACUUUGAUUCAGGGCUAUUACUAACUCAUGAGGUAACCAUCUAUUGAUAAAUCGACCCUUAAUUAAGUAGAAUGAAGUCUUUAUGUCAAUUGUCGAUAGUUAAUUUUUUAGUUUAACACUUUUGACACAAUAACAUCUGGUUAAGAAUCCAAACAAGUAGUCGUCGGACAAUCUAAAUCUAAAAUUGACCAAAUCUUAGCGUUCAGACAAAAUGGCCGCCAAAAUAAGGGCAACGUUUUUUUUUUUUUUGACAGCUGACAACUUGCCAGCUGCGCUGCCAGCCGAUGUUUUUGCCUGGCCAACUCCAAACUCAAAGAUUUCGCGUUCAGGACGAUUUUGUUCUUUUUCGUACUGAAAUUCGUGACGUUAUCCGGUGUAGAAUCGCAACUUUCAGUCAUAGGAACACCAGGAAAGCAAAUGCAACUUUUGUGUUUGACAUUUCGAUUGGGUGUCACUUUACAAAAUCAGCGCAACAAAAGCAUACAAAGCGUGUUCACACCAUUUUUUUUAAACUUGCGUCUAACCGGCAAAGGAUUCGCUCAGGGUGCGUUUCAACAGCAAACCGGCGAAACGUACGACUGCCAAAUCGCGCGCUUCCAGUUCCUUUUUGUCAUCCUUUUUUGUUUCUAACAUCGGAUUUUCCAGCCAAUGAGAAAACUGUUCGUAUACUUCUUCCAAUUCAGAACUGCAAACAAAGUUUUUGACAAAUGACACUAUGUGUGACAUUUGUCAUAAUUACCUGUACUCAGUACUGAAACUGUACUCGGAAGAUUUGGGCGAUUCUUUUCUGGUUAGUGAUGUUUGUUUCGUUUUAAACUUGUCAAUUCAUUGGCGUUUUUUGGUCAAGGAAUUUUGCAAAAAUUCUUCGUCCAGUGAGUCUUCUUUUAGGGCGAACCUUGUUGAUCCGCCCCGUUUUACUCUAGAACACAAACAGUGUUGUUUUGACAUGUGACGUUUGAAGAUGUCAAUAAAAUGACAUAAAAAAUGAACAAGAAUUAGGUUAGGAGUAUGUGAUUCUCUUACUUUAUAUUACAGUCUGUUAGUCCGGAUCCAGCGACAGAUAUGCCAACAGCGUAGCUGGAUUCUUCGCUGUCGCUAGCUUUGACAACAUCCGAAGAAGUUUCUUCUUUUUUCAACGCCUCCCUGAGUCUUUGAGCAGAAGUACGACGUCUUUCCGACGUUUCCAAAUCUAUGUACCGUUUGUGAUAGUUGUCAUCUAAAAAUCAAGUGACAGUUAAUUUGUACGCGGCGCCAUAUAGUGACAAGUGACAACUCACCAUCUUCUAAGCUACUUUUGGCACUGUAGAAAUCGUCCUCGCUCGAACUGGCACUUUUUUGUGUUCUAGGGUAUCUUGAAACCGGCAAACACUCUCCCGAAGAACCCAAAACAAUAAACCGCCCUCUACGGUUGUUUACUAAAGUAUCGGUGGCGCCCCCUUUUCGUGGCAUUUGCAACCUCACUUGGAGCGUGUUGUUGUUACCGCUAUUUUCCGAGUGAAUCGGUUCUGGUGGUACUAAAAACACAAAUUCUGAUUAUUCUUGCUUUUUGAUUGUCCACUUCUUCUUACCUGCAGCCAAAAGGCACUUGUUGAGCUCGCGUAAAAUAUUGUCUACUUCGUAUUGGCAGUUUUGUGUAGUCGUCUGCGUCCAAACAACAAAUGUUUACCUAGAACAGUGUUAUUUUGAGCCAAUAAUCAGGAUAGCCUAUCCUCAUAAAGCCUGUUUGGAAAAAAUUUAAAACCCCCCAACCCACCACGACAAAUCACCAGCUGUGACGUAGGCAGCAUGUCGUUUCUCGCCUUAACGUAGGCUGUUUGCACCAUAGGUUAUGAUUCCGCGGGUUUUUGCUUUAUGCAUACUUGGUUUUACUACAUUAAUUAACAUUAGAUCUCGUUUUCAUUUGCUACUGUUUAUAAUGUUCUUCAUAAAUCUAAAUUCCAAACCACGACCGCUAGUGCAAACAAAUAACGAUUUAGUUAAUGACGUCAGAAAUGGUGACAAAUCAAUAUGAUGGCGAUUAUUAAAAACGAAGUCGAUAAACAAUCCUCAAACUUCGUUCUUAGUUGCGCGAAAUUUGCUCCUUUUUUGACAUUGUUUCUUGAUUGGCUUGAUUUGACGUUUUAUAAUUCAAUGUUUGAAAAUUCCCGGUUCUUAAUUGGCUGAAUUUGACGUUUUUAAGUUUGAUGUUAAAGGCCAAAUUGAAUACAUAAUCAUGUAAUAAACUCCUUAUCAAAAAUCAAUAAAAAAAAUUUAAUAACGAUGUAAACGUACUCAUUUGUGUUAAGUAGAUACGAGUGGCGCCACCUAGAUUCGGCUAAACUAACUCUAAAAUCAAUGCCCUAUAAAUUGAAUGGAUUUACACCGGAAUUAUUAUUUCAAUAAUUACCAUUUCCGUCCCACACAAUGACGUCAAUCUCUGAAAGGAAAAUUCCAUCCCUCAAACCUCACACAUUAAAAGAUGGACUUACGCAAACAAUGACGUCACAUCAUUGUAUAGUAGGCGAAAGUUUCCCAGGACCGAAUUCGAAUUUUCUGAGCUGCAUUAUCGAUUCAUCUGGUUCAAUUUAAGUGAACCAGGCUGUGUUCGAUUGUAGUUGAAUCAGUUUACCCCCACCAACAAGAAACUGAUCUAGAUUCACUCUAGAUCACAUAAAGUGAACCAAAAAAAAACAAGAGAGCUUUCUACACCAAACGAUCAACUGACAGUUAUUGAAUUGAACCUACUUUUUCCGUUCAGAUCAAUUUGAAUUGAACUACGUCACGAAUCGAAUACGACUCUGGAAAUCGAUUCUCUGGAUUGAAAGUCCGCGCCUGUUUAUCCAGACGCUUGGAGUAUUUUUAGAUCCAGAAAGCCCGACAAUUCCGACACGUCAUAUGGGCUCGUAGCGAUUAGUUUUUGUUUUGGCUUUUAUUAAUCGAUUAAUUAAGUUUUGAUUCAUUUGCCAGAAUAUAAUGAUCGAGUAUUAGUUAGAAUAAGGAUGAUUUGUUUUGUUUUUCCUGUUCUGGGUUCAAUUAGUGCAGUUCAAAUAUUGUGAUUCUAAAAAUAGUAGUGUUUCACUUUCACCAGGCUCCCAGGAUAAUAAAUUGAAUUUCAAAUGGCUCUAGUGAUGCUACCCUCAGACCUGCCCUGGUGGGACGCUGUCAAAAAGCAGUUGAAGAAAAUCGCUUCAACCAAAAACACCCUAGAAAUUAUACAGGGGAUGCAGAAAAUAUACGAAAUGUGCAAUGUGAGUUUGGAUCCAGAAGACGAUACGGUAGAUCCGGAACAAUUCGUCGGACUAUUGAAUUUCCUAGACAACGAAAUGACGUUCGAGGAACGGAGCAAUUUUUUAAACAAAACUCUACCCAACAUUAUCAAGAGGGCGCUGAUGGUCAAAGAGUUGAGGCCCAGAAGGGGAUUGCAUUUCAGCUUACAGCAACAAACAAGCGUCACAGAAAUCGACUACAACUUGGCAGCGUCGCUUUUGGCCAACGCGUUUUUUUCAACAUUUCCGAAACGAACCGAUAAAAGCCAUCCAACGUUGCAAAAUUUCAAUUUUGCCGCCUUUUUCAAGCAUUUUUCUUCCAACAGCCAAAAGGCGAAAUUCAGAAGCAUUUUACAGUAUUUUGAUUGGCUAGACCUAGACGAGGAACAUUCUAAAGGCAACCUUAGAGUCUUAAGACAAGUGAUGCGCAGUAAAGAAUGGCUGACGAUAGACGAUUGGUUGGAGUGCAGUUUAGACUUGUGCCCGUUGCAAAUCAAACAUGACGGCCGUUUGGAACAUUCCGACCAGGAAAAUUUGCAAAUUUGUUUUUCCAGUGCUAAAAUUGGCGGGAACGUGCUGGAAACUGGAUACACUCAAGAAUCAAUCAACUUGACUACAAUUCCAGAGCUGUUGACAUUAUUAUUGUUCGUAGAGGCUUUGGAAGACAACGAAGUGGUUACUGUGGAAAAGGCUCGCCACGUUGCCAGAAUAGCUGACCCAAAACACAAAGCUACUUUCGAAAAACUGGAUGAUGCCAGGUUGGUGAAUAUUUGUUGUUUGGACGCAGACGACUACACAAAACUACCAAUAGGCCAAUACGAAGAAGACAAUAUUCUACGCGAGCUCAACAAGUGCCUAUUGGCAUUUCAACAGAAGAAAAUUGACCAAGACCAAAAUACCUCAAAUUCAAACAGCUCAACGUCAUACACGUACACGCAACGACACAGAAGACUGUCUCCUAUUGGAGAAUCCAUUGGCUCAAAUCAGUCAGACGGGACCAAUCAAAAUGUACCUUUGAUCAAUCAACAAUCGUGCAGUACCACCAGAACCGAUUCACUAAUAUCGGAAAACAGCGGUAACAACAACACACUUCAGGUGAGGUUGCAAAUGCCUCAAAAAAAGGGUACCACCGAAAAUUUAGUCAACAACCGUAGAGGAAGGUUCAUCGUUUUGGGUUCUUCGGGAGAAUGUCUGCCGGUUUCAAGAUAUCCUAGAACACAAAAAAGUGCCAGCUCGAGCGAGGACGAUUUCCACAGUGCCAAAAGUAGCUUAGAAGAUGACAGCGAAGACGACAACUACCACAAACGGUACAGCAUCGACUUGGAAACGCCGGAAAGACGGCGCACUUUCGCUCAAAGACUCAGGGAGGCGUUGAAAAAAGAAGAAACUUCUUCGGAUGUUGUCGGAGCUAGCGACAGCGAAGAAUCCAGCUACGCUGUUGGCAUAUCUGUCGCUGGAUCCGGACUAACAGACUGUGAUAUAAAAGUAAAACGGGGCGGCUCUACAGGGUUUGCCUUAAAAGAAGACUCACUGGACGAAGAAUUUUUGCAAAACUCCUUGACCAAAGAACGCCAAUGGAUUGACAAGUUUAAAACCAAACAAACAUCACUAACCAGAAAAGAAUCACACAAAUCGUCUGAGUAUAGCUUUAGUACUGAGUACAGUUCUGAAUUGGAAGAAGUCUACGAACAGUUUUCUCAUUGGCUGGAAAAUCCGAUUCUAGAAACGGAAAAAGGAGACAAAAAGGAACUGGAGGCGCGAGAUUUGGCCGUCGUACGGUUCGCCGGUUCGCUGUUGAAACGCACCCUUAGUGAAUCCUUUGCCGGUGUUCCUAUGACUGAAAGUUGCGAUUCUACACAGAAUGACGUCACGAAUUUCAGUACGAAAAAGAACAAAAUCGUCCUGAACGCGAAAUCGUUGAGUUUAGAGUUGGCCAGGCAAAAACAUCGGUUGGCAGCGCAGCUGAUAUCGGCAAUAUCGCCAAACACUUCCAACGGCAUCCGACCAAUCGCUACCGGAAAUUGGGGCUGCGGCGCGUCGCGCAAAGGCGACGUCCAAUUAAAAGUCGUCGUACAAUGGAUGGCAGCCAGCGUUGCCGGCGCACCACGUCUCGUCUACUACACGCACAAACAUCAGCAGUUGGCCAAACUGGACACCGUUUGCCGGAUACUGAUCGACCGGAAGUGGACUGUCAAAGAUUUGGCGCGCGCCACCUUGCGGUAUUCGAGUCAAGUGCUAAGAGGCAGAGAGGUUAGCGGCACGUUAUUCGAAGAGUUGAUUGGGAAUUUUGUUGACAAGUGACAGGUGUGCCAACUUGGAAUAAAAGUCUUCCGCAAAUUAUUUUUGACAUACAAAAUUUUUAUAUUAUGUGCAAAGAAAACAAAACAAAAAGGAAUGUUUGUAGUAUGAGGAUUUUGUUUUAUUUAAUGCUAGACACUAGCUGAGGUCAUACAGAAAUGUCAUUGUGUGUGACGUCAGCUAGUGCCUAAUUGGCAAUUAUAUUUUGCCAUCCAAGAUAUCUUCGAGGAUUUUAAACUUUUGUAUUUUGCCCGACGUGGUUUUAGGGAAAUCCUGUACUGUUUUAAGACUCGACGGUAUUUUGAAGUGGGCAAUUUUACCCUUACAAAAUGUCUUAACAUCUUGCAAGGUUAUGGUAGCGUUGGGUUCAAUGCGCACGCAUGCGCAAACUUCCUCGCCUAGACGUUC